UUCAACGCGCUUGCGUCUGACCAACACAGCGGAAUUGCUAGACGCUCAAAAGGACUUAACGGUAUAUGUGAACGAAAAAAUAUCAAAAGAAGUGAAAAGUGGUAUACAGAUGUUUUUGAGUACUAAAUAAAUGAUGACAUUGAAUUUUCCGAAUUUGAAUAAUACCGUAAAAGUGAGGUUAAGUUAUAUACCCGAGUGGCUUAAGUAAAAGAAGUGCCAAUAAAGUUAUAAAUAAUUUAAAAAUUAUUGUAUGUGCGCAAUGCAUUUUUGAGAAAAUCAGUAUUGAUCGCGCGUGUUUGAUUAACAAAAAAUUUAAAUCGUAGACACAAAAAAGAAAAUUUCUAUAAACCGAAGCCGAGACAUUCCAUAAAAUGGCAAAACUCACAUUCCACUUAGCUGUGACUGCUUUGCUAUGCACCUUUGUGCAUGGCACAAAUGAAGUAACAAAGUCGCCAGAAACAGAACUCGCAGCCACGUUGUCACCAACAUCCGUAGAAACUCCCGCGGCUCAGCAGCCUGCCAACAACACACGUUACUCGAGGCUAAUGAAAAUCCUGCAGGAUCCCAAGACUUUGACAGCCAAACAUUACCGCGCUGCAGCACAGCGCGUAAUGGCGCGUGCUGACAAUUUGCCCGCUUCAGGCAUGCCAUACCGACGACCGCCACCGCAUGCGUUAGUGCCGAGCCAACAAAAAGUGCGUCCACCUCUAAUGCGUCGCAUACAAGACGGUUCGCCACCGCGUUUUAAUUACGAAGCGCCGAAGGUUCCUCUCAGUCAUCUACCUUCGAAGGGUCCGGUCGCCUUUAAUGCCGGUAAAGUGACAGUCUAUCGGCCACCGUUUCCGUUUGCGCAACCACAGUCGCAAGUGCAUCCAAACAUUUUGAUACCACAAUCUACGGCCGUGGCUCAAUCACCGAAACAUAAGCCGUCACAAUAUCAAGAAGAGUAUAAUUUUAGAGCGUCACCUUCUUUCAAUGGCAAGGCAAUUGUACGUCCUCUGGUGGAGCCACAUGACCCAAACUACAGACAACAUAUGAAAGAGUUACAGCAAUAUUCCGGUAAAGUGCAGCACACAAUACAACAGUAUCCCAUACCACAACAACAGCAAUUACAAAGUCAUCAACAUCAACAUCAGCACUUUCCGAAUUUGCACCAGAGUAAACAGGAAUCGCAUAACAGACCACCGACUUUUCAUUAUGAAAUGCAACGGCCAUACGAGGAGCCCGUACUACAUCCACAUGUCAAACACAACCAACCACUACCAAAUAGAGCCGGUUAUGCCGUCUAUGAAAACAAUGAGCUGUCCGAAGAAGAGCCACCGUACAGCCAACCACAUGCACACUAUCCUCCAACGCCAAGAGUGGAAGAACUUUCCCAAUAUCAAAGCCUUCGCCAGCAAGCACAACAAACCGAUUCCGAGGCUGCAGCAGCGCAGGAAGCAGAAGAAUAUAUAAAAUUCAUGAACUCAAAUGAUUAUUUCCUGCCUAAGCAUGAGCCUAACUACAAACAGCUUGAUAAACAGCAAACUCAGCACCAGCAACCACGCGAACAGUUGCAGCAACCAUCGCAUGCUCUUUACCCUCAAGCUGAAAAGUAUACUCAUCCCGCACAGUACAGCAAACCAUCAACAGCUAAUGGUGCUGCUGCCUCUGGUACCGCCUCCGCUGCGUCUACCAAUUACCUAAACCAACCAAUACAGGUAUCACAGCUAUUUUAUCAAGAAGAUCCCGUGCCAGCUAUUGUACGUGGCAGCUAUCAAACAGGCAGUAACUUAUUUGUCGUUAACUCAGAUGGCAAUAAAGCUGUAAAGCAUGUGGUGCCACCACCAUCAACUAGAGCGCCCACGACAUUAGCACCAGCUUAUUCAAAAGUACGAUACAACACGCUGCGCAAUCGGACACCCGAGCCACUACGCUUCGAGUUUACCGAGCAUGAUGCGGUUCACUCGGCAUACACUAAUUCACCGCCACCUUCUUUUGGAGACGAUAGUGACCAAUUUCUCUAUAGAACUGCGUCGGCAGCUGUUGGUUCUACUUCCACUACGCCAGAUUUCCGAACAUCAAUUACCAAUAAAUAUGUUACCGUUACACCAUCCAGUGCGGAUGAUCCAGAGGACGACGAGGAUGUUCAAAUUGCCAGCUCGGACUUCUACGGACGUGUGCAAUUGCGCCAACCAACCUCGAGUAACGUCUCUUCGGUGCCAACACCACCAGCUCCAGUAGAGCAGAAAGAUACCGAAGAUUAUUGCGAACGAAUUUGUGCCAAUAUUCAAGACGAUGAUGAGGAAAUUGUCUGCGGCUCUGAUGGUUACAUGUACACCAGCGAAUCUCAAAUGGAAUGUUAUGCUACAUGUCUGCACAUCGAUGUGACUGUACAGAGCAAAGGAUCUUGCAACAUCAGGUAGAAGGAUUUGAUUUAUUUAAAAUUUCGCCAAUACCGUGAAAUACAUUUCUAAGGCAAACAAACUGACAUUUAGUGAAAUUCUAAUUUAUUAUGCACAUAUAUAUGUAUGUUCUAGUAUUCCUAAUUUAAAUAAAUAAUAAUUAAAAUAUAAGCUUUUAUUUUCUAUUUUAAUUCGUUUGUAAAUUGAUUUUAAUAAAAAUGUACAAAUUAUGAACAUUGUAUACUUAUGUUAAACGUAUAGUGUUUAAUCGUGCGCUUAAACAGGACACCACCCUAAUUUUGUGUGCGCACCCUAACGAGCCUUCAUCAGCGCAUGCAGCUAUAUACGCCUUGCUUGUCAAGCAAUAGAUGAGAUUUUCUAAUCAACUGUCAUCAAGGGCGCACCGGGGUGAAAAAUAAUAAAAACCAUAAUAAUAAUUAUAUAUAU